AUGAGCGAAGGUCGUGACAGGUUAAUAAACAACAACCAUGGAUCGCAAAUUAUACUCGAUUCCACUACGGGCAAAUAUUAUAAAAUAGUUGAAUAUGAUCAGUUUCAAGGUGAGGCAAACUGCCAAGAUCAAGUACCAAAUUUCAAUCAGUAUAACAACCUACACACAACAGCACUUCAGUACCCGGAUCAAAUUCGUUACGAUGAACAAUGUGUUAUAAAUCAGCAAUCAAAUAAAACAAUUCAACCGUCAGCUCCUAAUCAAACGGAAAGGCAACAACAACAAGUAAACAAUGGUAUUAAGCCUUCCAGAGUAAAUUUCACUCAUCGUGCAUCAAGUGAUAAUACCAGCACACCACUCGAAACAGAACAAGUACGUGCAUUUACGAAUGAAGAUAGAUAUGAUUACUCACAUCAAAAUACAGAAAUAGUAGUAAACAAGCGGGCAUUAAAUGAUAGUGAUGACUUCGUUACAAUCAGAUCAAAUAAAGCAAGAAAGAAAAAUCAUAAUGAAGAACAAGAACAACGUACGACCUCAGGUUUAACUACAAAUGAUAAUCUGAAUAAAUAUGAUGUGCCGUUAGAGCAAUUGCAGCGAGCUGUUGUUCACAAUCUGCCAUGCUUCUUUGUCAAUUUUCGAGACACUAAUGGUUUACCAUCAGUAGUUACAGCAUCUGAAGAGUUAUAUGAACAUUUUGAGCGUGUAAAGGUGAAACUUAGCGGCUGCUUUUCGAUAGUUCGUUAUAUCGGUAAUCAACUCAAGAUAGGAGUCAACAAUAAAGCAGAUUAUCAAAUUUUGUGUAAUGAAAACAAUUGGCCGGCCGAGAUUCAAAAGAAAUCAAUAAAAAUAACAAUGCCAAAAUUCACACCGGAACAGUUCUCACUUGUAGUGCGUUAUAUUCCAUUGGAUUUUACUGCUGAGCAAGUAGCUAAGGAAGUAAAAUUAUCCGCAAAUACAGCUAGCAACUUUCGUGCAAUCAUUUAUUCGUAUCCAAGAUCAACGAAUGAUUUCAGAUUUACAGUCUCGGAUAGUAAAGAAUAUAAUGGUUUACUGCGUCUAGGUCACAUUGGAAUAGGAAACCAAAUGAGAAUCGUAACAACGUACAAACCAGCAAAUAAACUCACUUACUGUACCAAAUGCUGGAGGUUGGGGCACCUACGCAAUCAAUGCAAACAAAAAAUUCAAAAGUGUAGAAUAUGCUUACUUACUUAUGAUGAAAACCAUAAUGAGAUAUGCUCGAAAGAAUAUCAAUGCGCUCAAUGCCAUAUGGAUCACUACUCGCUCGACUCAAAAUGUCUCGCAAUUCAACAAUAUCGUAAUAAUCUCAACCGAGCAGUUAAACAAGCAGUAGAAGACGGAGUAAUCACACGUAAAUCGACCGAACAACAAUCAGCUCCAACAGUUGGUCCACCUAACUUAGACACUGCAUCUUUUCCGUCAUUAACUUCUGCAGUGACGAACUCAAUGCCGUACAGAACACCACCAUGGUUAACAACAACAAAACCAUCGGUGGCUCGUCAAUAUACAACAGAUAUGACCAAUCAAGAACUUUACGAAAAGUUAUGUUCGCAUCUUGAUGAGAAAUCAAAACAAUUGGACUCACGAAUAAUUAAAUUGGAACAAGAAAUGAGUACAAAAGGAAAAAUAAUCAAUGAAUUUCGACAAAGUUUAUCAAAGGCGAUAGAAGUACUUAAAACGUUAACGCAUGAAAUCAUUUAUCCAAUAACAAAAUCUAUUUCAAGAAUGGACAAAAAGACUAAAGAAACAGUGGAUAAUGUUACAAUAAUAUUAAAAACACAAGUUGAAGCUUUACAAAAGGAGAUUAAUGUUGAAGACAGAAUUAGCAAUCUUAAUGAACACACAGAUAAUCAACAACAAUUACAAGAUUUAUCUAUCUCAUUAACAUAA